AUGGCCGAUCCAGACAGCAAAGCCGACAAGAUCAAGAGCAAGUGGGCUUGUGCACUGUGCACCUACAACAAUAUCGCCGGACAGCUGAAAUGCGAGUUGUGCAGUACGCCGCGGUUUGGGCCGAAUGUUAUUGAGACAGCCAUCAAGAAACAAGCAGAAAUGUUGCUGGUAAAGUGGACUUGUUCAACUUGCACGUUCCAGAACAUUGAAAGUGCCAACAAAUGCGCAAAGUGCGAAACCUUGAAAUUUAAUGGUGCCAAGCAAAGUCCGCCUAAAACCAUAAUCCCUGGGGUUAGCGAUGUAGUGGCUGAUAUCGACGGGACGUCUCCUUGUGAUCCAGGUAUUUUUAAAUUUUUAUUUAUAAAAUAUUUUUGAAACAUUGUCUUUCUUGCAUAUACUUGUUUUUAUAGAUACUGCAUCGAGCUCUGAAUACAAAUGGAAAUGCACAAGAUGUACAUAUUUAAACUAUCCCAAUGCCAUGAAAUGUACUAUGUGUAUGUGUCCAGCCCCAAAAGCGAGCAAAAGUAGGUUUACUUUUGAUUAAUUUUUAAAUUUAGGUAAAAAUGUUGAAAUGAAUGUAAUAUAAUAGAAAGAGGUGUUAAACCACAACUUUUUGUUUGCAGGCCGUGUGAGCACGACACAAAAACCGUUAAGAAUCACGAAAGAAUUGUUGAAGAUACACAACGCUCCGGCUGCAGAAGCAUUGGCUAUCAAGAAAAAUCAGUUUCUGGUGACAGGAUGUCUUUCUCGCUAUAUCAACUUUUACACCGGACACGCCCUGAGGGAAGAUCUCUUUUUCCGAUCUAUUGGCGCAUUGGCCAAGUCGUCGGCUACUGCUUUGGACGAGAUUGUAAACUACCUGAUUAAUGAUGGCAAUGUCAACAGAACCUUGAAUUAUAUUGAAGUAAGCAUCAAAAUUUAUUUUUUUUUCUUCGGUUAUACCUUUAUUUUAUUAAAGUCUAUUUGUUUUUAAAUACUCAAAGCAUUGAUUUCAGCAUCUGAUAGUCUUGUCGUUUGCUCCAGAGAUCCAUGCUGUGCCUGGUGACAAUCUUUUGUCGAUAGCCAAGAAGUCAGGAAACAAUGAAGCUGUAAAGAUCCUCGAGCGAACUCUUUAUGAUGUAGACAACAUGCCUUGUGUGGCGGCCGGUCCUUCUUCAGAGUUAUUUUGUCGUAUCAACCACAUUUUUCACUUUUGUAGACCACCUUACAAUCUUCCGUUUCGCCCAUACAACUUUAAUAUAUUCAGGCGUAAGUUACUUUUUUCUUGUUCCUUUUAUAACAUCAUAGUGAUCAUAGUUUGCUUGUAGGUAUUAUGGGUUUUACGGUAGACCAUUGUAGAAUUUAAUUUUAUUAGUCUAAAUGUUUUCAUUUAGUGCCGUUUACGAAGAAUGAAUUCACCCACAGACUUCAAAAGGAAAUGAUAGAACACAAGUUUGACCCCACAACGAAGCAAUCGCUUCUUCGGUACGUUCAAGUAGCUUCUGGAAAGGCUCAAGACGUCCGUCUGUCCAAUAUUGUCGGCUAUCCUUCUACCUUACUCAUGAAGAACCGAGGAGGCACUAGCAGCUUCUUUGAUGCCAUUCUUCAGUCAAUGUUCGGAGUCUGUGACCGAUACCGUAGUCUGAAGACGCAGCUUCACGAUCACAUGUUGAGUAAUGAAGCCAGGUACGGGCCUGUGUACAAGAUGCAGUGUCUGGACAUGUCAGCGAAGGUUGGUCUACAGCUGUCUAAUGAUGAUAUCGACGAGAUGUGGCAACACGCUUUGACAGUAAACGAAAACAAUCCGACUGAAGCCAUUCACAUCUUUGCUUUGUCACAUCUACUACAACGUCCUAUCAUUGUACUGCCAGUUUCUUCCAUAGGCAGUAGCUCCAAACGCCAAGCGAAUCUUCUGAGUUUGGCUACGUCAAGAUCGUGUGCUUAUCACUUCCUGGAGGGAUUCUAUGUACCGGUCUUCUCAGAGAUUGAAGUUGUGUCACGGUCACCAUUGUGUUUGAUUCACGACAACGGAGUCUUCUAUAAUUGGAUUACAGGAGAUGGUAAGAUUAAAAGGUUUUAAAUGACGGCCAUUGUUAUUUCAGUCUGUUUUUGUUGUUUUGUGACUGUUUUCUUUGCAGAUAGUACCAGUGGGACUCAAAACUUUGUGAUAGUCAACUACCUUCGUACCCAAUUCCAUUCAUUGUUCAGAUUUGUAGAUGAAGCUCAUGAAAAGAGGGCGAGAGCUUCUCUGUUAAUGGUUCAGCUGACACCAUGCUGUAUUGCCGUCAGACUCAACAGUCAUGAAUGUCUUCCAGAAGCCACAAACUUUUACUGUAAGUUGUCAUACGUGUCUUUGAUUAGUGUAAAAAAUAACAUCUCUAAUGUACCGUAUUAUAGUUGAGUAUUUUACUGCUGCUGAGAGAACGUUGCACGAACAAAGAAGUGUCAGAGUUGGGGAUGUGAUUCACAGAAUGAAUGUUGUCAAUGAAUGUAGCCUGAAUGUGUCCAAGAUGUUCUCGUCGAGAGCCAAGAGGUUACUGUCGAGAGAUGUACCAUAUGAUGUGAGUUUUAAUCGCUUUUAGGAAUAGUAUUACCUGUUUACUUUGAUAGUUUGCUAAUGUUUAUGUUUAUAAAUUGUUAUUUAGUAUUCUGACAAUUCAAGCGCUGCUGAGAGCGAAGAAGAUGAAGAAGAAGAAACCGCCACGAAGAUGGCCAAGGUCUCAGACUGUCAGAACUAG